CAACCGUCCCAUCGGAUGUCGCAGGGAGAAGUCUCACAAAGAUUCUCUUUUCUUCUUUUGCCUCAACAGGGCAUUCUUUAAUCGGCAUAUGAUUCCGGAUGAAGGGUGAGAUGGUAGGUAUCGACGAGAGAUUGGACCUCGUACUCUGUAUCAGCCCACCGAUCUUGGGGGAACCCAGGUGGCUUCUCGCCGAGAAACGAGGCUGAUCUGGACCUUCGAUCGAUGCGCUUACAGCCAUUAUCCUUUUUCUUUUCUUUUCUUUUCUUUUCUUUUCUUUUCUUUUCUUUUCUUUUCUUUUCUUUUCUUUUCCUUUGAUUUUUCAUUUGUUCUAUUUUCGCCUCCUCGUGAACUCUGAAAAGAUCGAGCCACGGUCCAUAGACCUGAAGAUGUUGCUCUAGCCCACCUGAUUUUUCCUCACGUCUGCUACGCAUGCAGCCUGACACUUCCGAUGAAAUAGUUUUGACAAAUUGUUUUCGGUCUGUGGAGAGCCAAUCGAGCUUCCUCGUCACUGCUGCUAUACAUUGUGGCACCUUAUGCUCGCCUCUUUACCAGCAUAUCGUCCUCAUUGGCGGCUGGCUGACUGGAGGAAGUUGCGUUUUCCAGAUUCUGGAAGACUGCUCAUCUGCCAGCCUGCAAAUCAUGCCAGGAAAGGAGGUCUGAACCCUCCGUCGGUACCGGAUCUCUGGCGGACCUCAUCGCUGCAAGGGAUGAAACAGGUCCUACAGUUUACAUACGUGCCACGUCCACACCGAGUCUUACUUCCUCUAAGGGAAAACAUGAUAUUGCAUGUUAAUCACUACUCCGUACACAAACAAGAAGAAGAAAAGAAAGAGAAAGAAAUCUCGAGAAGAAGAAAAGCCAAUUUCAAGAAAGUCAUUCCGAAUAUGUGCGGAAAUACAAGUUGGGGUAUCUUAAUACAGUACAACAUAAAAAGGGGGACAAAGAAGGAGAAGAAAAGUAAGGUAAAGUAAAAACAUACAUCAAAAUGGGGGAAAUGGAGAGAGUAAGUGUGAGUGAACAAAGGGGCCAAACAAAAUUCAUGCUAUGAUGCUGGCAUAAAGUGGUGUCUGCCUUCACACCGGUAGCCUCCAGGAACCGCAUUCCAGGCAUAUCCUGCUUCACAUCGACCAGGCGGCGUGCUCUAAGAACCAGGGUGUGGGUACCUGAAUUUGUCUUCGUGUUGAUUUUGGUCACACCAGUCUGUAAUUGAACCUGGGUAGCCCGUCUUUUUCUUUGCUCCCAUGUCGCUUCCACGGGAACCUGGUGCUCAGAGAGGCUCGCCUGAUGUUCCAAUUCCUCACUGUUGUGAAGGGACUGCGGCCUGGAAGAGGGCUCCUGUUUCUCGUGUUGCUCCACUUUUGGGGAUUGUUGGCGCUGGAGAGCCCGGGGGAUUGACACAUGGGUCUCAUCGCUGGAUUGGGCGUCAGUAUCGUUUGUGUGUUGGCUUCGGCGCUGGUUCGGGA